AUGCAGGGCCCAGGUCUUUUCGCCCGCCAGCUUCGAGUGCAUCCCGGAGCCCUGCCAGGCUCCGUCCGAUGUGGAGCUCGCCCAUGGCUCACCGCAGCCCUGCGAGGAAGGUUUCGGCGCUAUAGCGGCGGGCGCUUCGUGCACUGCACAAUGCCAGCCAGGCUACGCACCUUCAGCACUAUCAUUGCUGUGCCACGCGGGUGUCCUGUCGCCCGCGACCUUCACUUGUGCUGCCAAAUCCUGCCCGACCCCUCGAGGCAUUGCCAACGUCGACAGCGAAGGUGCCUGCCAGGAGGUGGUGGAGGAGGACACGGAGUGGGAGCUGAAAUGUUUCGAUCACUACGACAAGAAGAUGGGGUGCACGAGGUGCGGCUCUUCGGCAACUCCGACUGCACCGGGCUGGCGCUGGCCGCGGACCUCGAGGCCUUUCCAGCCGCCACGAUUGCGGAGCACGGCAUCGACAAGGCCUUCGAUCAUGACAUUCGCUCUGGGUGGCACUCGGAAUGCCCUGAGCACCCGGACCCGUCCAAGUACUUCAUCAAGUUCAAAGCGAACGCUGGCUUGAAGUGCAUCAAGGUGAGCCAAUCGUCCACUGCUGGCUGCAAGACGAUCAAAGUCUUCAAAAACCAGACAGAAGUGUCGGCCACUGGCGGGCUGCUACGUCUCCAUUUGGUUCCAGAGGUGGUCUUUGAGGAGAGGAAAACGUGGGAGCUGAAAUGCCUCAAGCACUUCGAUGAGGCCAAUGACGGCAAGGGCUGCCGGUGGCAGGUGAACGAGGUCGAAGCCUUCUACAACGGCGAAUGCACCCACGCCGCUCCGGUGGCGAGCAUCUCCGGGAAGCCCAAGGAUGGCGACAUCAACAAAGCCUUUGACGCAGACCUGGGCACCAAGUGGACGCCCAGCUGUGCUGAGUUGCCCAACCAGUACGCCAUCAGCUUUCAAGCCAGUGCAGACCUUCAAUGUAUCAAGAUCAGUCAGGUGCCGAACGUUGGGUGCAGGACUAUAUCAGUGGUCCGCGAUGGGGUUGAGGUCGCCAGGAUGCGCGGGCUCAUGAAGACCAAGGAGCCGGAGCCCGUGCUCAAGAUCUUCAAGGUUGCACUGGCAACAGGCGCCAAGGCGAGCCACCACUUUGUGAAGUAUGGCGGCCAGCAGUGCAGUGGAACCGGCAUAGGAGGCAUCAGCGGCCAACCAGGUGACGCAGUUUCUUGCCUGAGCAAAUGCCUGGACACGCCCAGCUGCGUGGCCUUUGUGAUCGUUCACACGGGCAAGCAUGCUGGCAAGUGCUUCUUCCGGUCAGACCUCCAGCUCGCAGUAGGAGCCGAAGAGUACACUGGCGACAAGCGAGAUUGCUACAUCCGGCAGAAAGUCUUCGCGGGUGCUGCCGCUGUUAUGGCCAUCCCCUCCAGCGGCGUUUGCACCACGCAGUGCGCGCCUGGCUACGGGCCCUCGGUGCCCUCAUUGAGCUGCUCGGUGGGCAGCCUGCAGCCCGCAGACUUCGAGUGCAAGCCCGAGCCCUGCAAGGCCCCGGAGGUGGCCAAUGCUGCUUCGUCGGGCAGCUGUAAGGAGGGGGCGAACGUCCUCAGCGGCAGCACCUGCACCCCGCAGUGCAGCGAAGGCUAUCUUCCCAGUCUGGAUUCCUUAGCUUGUCAUGCUGGCUCUUUGACGCCCGCCACCUUCGUUUGCUCCGGGCCCUGCACUCCACCAACAGCGAGCAAGCUCCUAAGCUACAGCUGCCGGGAGCUGGAGGACGACCCAACUGGGAAGAUUCCGCACGGCAGCGCCUGCACUCCCAUCUGCGAGCUAGGCUACGUCCCCGCGCCGUCGACUUUGAACUGCAACAACGGGAACUUCGAUCAGGCCGUGAAGUGCCAGCACGACAAGCCUGCGGAGGCUAAAGGCCAACAGAUCCAGUUCGGCUGGAGUGGAGACCCCCAUUACCGCGGCUUCAACGUCCGUGGGCGAGGCGGCGAUGCGGAUGUCUACCCGGGUUGCCACUGGGUCCUGAAAAUGGAGUGCCCGAACAUCCCGAAUUGGAUCUGGGUGCAGGGGCUCUACGGCCCCCGGAAGCCGGCAGUCACCAUGGGUAUGGGCUUUGGGGGCCACUUCCUCCGCAAGAAUGUGCUCACCAUUCAGGCGGCCAGAGAAGACGACGCGAAGUGCUGGAAUGUGAGGUGGAACGGCAUGGAUGUCACAGACCCCAAGAGUGGCUGGAAGCAGGACAAAGCGCAAGCAAACUCCUACGAGUUUGACCUGGACGGUGGCACCGGCGCUGACGACAACAUGAUUGACGAUGUGAACUGGCCGAGCUGCAACAGCGUCUCAGCGGGCCUGGGCUAUGGCUUGAAGUACUCUGCGAGCAGGAAUUCCUGGGACCGCGAGGACAACAUCGGGGUCUCGGGGCAAUUCUACCAGGACAAGUAUGCCAACCAGAACCUGGAGUCCUUCUUCUGCCUGAAUGGAAAAGUCGAGGGAGAGAGCCGUACUCUGGAUGGGGAAACCGGUGGGACCGGGCAGCUUUUCGUCCCGGUUGAGCUGGAUUUCUUCGCCACCCCCCAGACAGCCAUCGCGGCCAAGUUGGAGGAACUCUCAGAGCCCGCAGAGAUGAAGAAGCGGCAUAACCAGCCCACGGCAUCCCCGAGGGGAACUAAGCUGACCAUGGGCCUCCUGGAGGAUCAGGAGCUAGGUCUGAGCGAGGACGGGACAAUGAUAACCACCCGCACUGGAACCACUACUGCGCUCCAAUGCACAGGUGAGGUUCUGAAGAAGGCCCACGAGUCCUGCGAUGCCUUGGCCAAGGACAAGCAGGAAGGUGAGGAUGAUCAUGAUAACGAUGUGAAGAAGGCAAUGCUACAGAGUUGCAUCUACGACGUGUGCGUGACUGCCUUGAAGGGGUUCGGAAAGACCUACAAGGAAGAUGAGGAACUGUACGACGAAGAGUCAGCCCUACGGCACCGAAUGAACUUUACCAUGGUUGGACAAGGGAAAGCCUGUGAAGAAGGCCACAAGAAAACCACGGAGGUGAAUGACAUUACGCUAUCGGAGAGGGAGAAGGAGCGCCUCGCAGCAGCCAAAGGCAACUGCACCGGGCCCUGCGAGAUCUGCAUGCCCGGCGUCCGAAAGUAUCUGGUGGGAAGCACCGUGCGCCACAACGAGACGCUGCAGAGCUGCGAGGCCCAAAGGUUGGCCAUGCCCAAGACGGAGGCCGACCAGAAGCGCCUCCACACGCAGCAGAAGAAGCGGUCGCAGACCGCCAAGGGUUGGCUCGGUGGACACUUCCAUGAUGGAGGGUGGCAAUGGGAUGAUGACACGGAGCUGAAGGACACGUUCGUCGAAGAUGGACAAGAGGGCGACUACCUUUGCAUGGACAGGGGAUCGGGCUCGCUGGUGAACUGCAACCACAACAACGGCACCUUGCACGAUGGUCUUUGCGAGGUGCAGUUCCAUUAUCCAGGCAUGGAUGAGCCGGUGGAGGAAGAGGUCAUGACUGGCUGA